AUUUUUUUGGGGUCAUAAUGGCAACCAUGUUGACACGUGUCCCCAUCGCCGCCCCAAUCCAGCGCCAUAAUAAAUUGAGUCUGGUCAAGUCACUCGACAAAAACAGAGUGCUUGAAGAAUUCUGUGCUAUCUCACCAGUUGGAAGGCAGAGAAGUUUCGGGAGGCGCCUUCGUAUAGCUGCAAUGGCCGAUUUUAACAAAAGCACUGUUCUUGUCACCGGUGCUGGUGGUAGAACCGGACAAAUUGUUUAUAAGAAAUUGAAGGAGAGGUCAGACCAGUAUAUCGCCAGAGGUUUAGUUAGGACUCAGGAGAGCAAGGAGAAAAUUGGGGGAGCGGAUGAUGUUUAUGUUGGGGAUAUUAGGAAUUUUGACACCAUUGUCCCUCCCAUACAGGGUAUCGAUGCACUUAUUAUUUUGACAAGUGCUGUGCCCAAAAUGAAACCAGGUUUUGAUCCAACCAAAGGUGGAAGACCCGAAUUCUAUUUUGAAGAUGGAGCUUAUCCUGAACAGGUUGACUGGAUCGGACAAAAGAAUCAAAUUGAUGCAGCUAAAGCUGCCGGAGUGAAGCACAUUGUACUCAUUGGGUCAAUGGGAGGAACAGAUCCCAAUCACCCACUGAACAGCUUAGCGAAUGGGAACAUACUGAUAUGGAAGAGAAAGGCUGAACAAUACCUGGCAGAUUCGGGGAUCCCAUACACCAUUAUAAGAGCUGGUGGCUUGCAAGACAAAGAAGAUGGUGUGAGGGAGCUACUUAUUGGAAAGGAUGAUGAGCUACUUCAGUUGGAAACAAGAACCAUUCCCAGGGCUGACGUUGCUGAAGUCAGCAUUCAGGCUCUACAGUUUGAGGAGGCAAAAAAUAAGGCAUUUGAUCUGGCCUCAAAGCCCGAGGGGACUGCCGCACCUACAAAGGAUUUCAAGGCUUUAUUCUCCCAAGUCACUACUCGCUUUUGAUGCAUUAGUGUGAAAAUCUAUGACUCUGGUUGUAUAUUUGUGACGGAUUAAAGUUCAGCAGUUAAGCGUGCGAGUUGCUGUUCAAACUACAACUGACGCUCCCAACUGGCUAUUAAUAUAAGAAAUGCAAGCAGAAAUAUCGAUUGGCUUGUGAUGUUAACGUGCGUUGAUUUACUUCCAAUUUUAUAUAAAUAUAUAUAAUA